AUGCAUCAGCUUAUCCUUGCUCGCUCUCCUGGCCAAACACUCGCUUGCAGCAAAACAAAACACACAAGCCCUGGGGCUGCUGGUUGCUUCAUGACCCCUUGGGGACCAGACAGCUACGAAAAACAAAUCCCCCGCAAAGAACACAGACGCCGGGCAUGCGUGCCACGCACGCCCGUCCGUCCCGUCCAGUCCAGCAUCGAUCGAUACACGUACUCCCCUCCCCGUAGCUCCCCGUAG